UUAUAUAAAUCGACGACUGGAGCACGUUCUUUACCAUCAAUAAAUGUUUAGUUAUCGUUAUUGGAAUACUAAUUUCGGGGAACAACAAUAUUCAAUAUUAUAAUUUAAGUAUGUCAGAUUGGGCUCAGAAAGCUGAGGAUCAAGAAAUAUCUAGAUUGGUUAAUAGUCUAGAAAUAAAAAAGGAGGAUGACAAGGAUAAAUUUGAAGAAAACGCUGACGUCGCCAGUGCUGCCGACACAAGUUUGCUACUUAAAAUAAUCCGUAAAGGUCUUGUUGAAUCUAACUUGGAUUUAGAAGUACAACGUAAGGACCCCAAAUCUCCACUGCAUUCCGUAAAAACCUUUGAGGCACUACACCUAAAACCCGAGCUGUUAAAAGGUAUAUACGCUAUGGGGUUUAAUGCACCUUCUAAGAUUCAAGAAACAGCACUUCCAACAUUACUUGCGGACCCUCCCCAAAAUAUGAUAGCCCAAAGUCAGUCUGGAACCGGCAAAACGGCCGCAUUUGUUUUAGCUAUGUUGAGUCGGGUUGACACCAAAUUGGAUUUUCCACAGGUGCUUUGUAUUUCACCUACUUAUGAGCUUGCAAUACAAACCGGUGAGGUAGCUGCUCGAAUGGCGCAAUUUUGUCCAGAAAUAAAAUUGAAAUUUGCUGUACGUGGUGAAGAAGUUACUCCAAACACCAAACUAAGGGACCAUAUAAUAAUUGGAACACCAGGAAAAAUUUUGGACUGGGGAUUAAAAUAUCGUGUUUUUGAUUUAAAAAAAAUACGAGUAUUUGUUCUCGACGAAGCAGACGUAAUGAUUGCCACACAAGGCCAUCAUGAUCAAUGCAUUCGGAUUCAUAAACAGCUUUUUCCGAAAUGCCAGAUGUUGUUUUUCUCCGCAACGUACGAUAAGGAAGUUAUGAAUUUUGCCCAGCAUAUAGUACCUGAUCCUACCAUUAUACGACUUAUGAGAGAGCAAGAGUCGCUUGAAAAUAUAAAGCAAUAUUAUGUCAAAUGUAUGAAUGAAGAAGACAAAUAUAAUGCAAUACAAAAUAUUUAUGCCGGAAUAACAAUAGGCCAGGCUAUCAUAUUCUGUCAUACUCGUAAGACUGCUGGAUGGCUCGCAGGAAAAAUGUCCUCGGAUGGUCAUUCCGUUGCAGUACUUUCCGGAGAUUUAACGGUGGAACAAAGGCUUGCUGUACUGGAUCGAUUCAGGGCUGGUCUUGAAAAAGUUCUCAUAACAACAAACGUACUCUCAAGAGGUAUUGACAUUGAACAGGUUACGAUUGUAGUUAAUUUCGAUUUACCAAUGGAUGCAAAGGGAAACGCUGAUUGCGAGACAUAUUUACAUAGAAUCGGUCGUACUGGAAGAUUUGGAAAAAACGGUAUAGCAAUUAACCUUGUUGAUGGAGAGAAGUCUAUGACUAUUUGCAAGUACAUUGAAAACCAUUUUAAGAAAACUAUUCAACUUUUAGAUACAGGCAACUCAGAUGAAAUUGAAAAAAUUGGAUAUUAAUAAAAUGUUAUAAUAUAUAGUUUUGUUCAUAUGUA